GAGUGCUUUAUAAAGGUAGGGCACGUUUUAUUUGAACCAUGCUCGGAUUAGCCAAUCGGAGUUCAUGACAUGUUCAACUCCGAGAAAACCCUGGGGUCGAGUUCCUUUUUGACUGCGCGGCUGCUAAGUUUCGCUACGGAACCUCGUACCCAGGGUCUUCUGCACUUAUCAGAGACUGUUCCAUCUGUUGUUCCUUCUGGGCUUGUUUUUGAGUUUUUGGGAGGACUGUACGAUGUUCGAGUCUGGAUCGAAAACCUGUUGUCUUAUUUCUGGAGCUAGCCGUGGUUUUGGGCGAUCCGUAGCCGUCGCAUUAGCCGGGCAAUUCUCUGAUUCUGGAACCAAGGGUCAUUUUAUUCUCAUUUCGCGCUCUGGAGAUGACCUUGAAGAAACGAGGAAUACAAUUAUUCAAGUUUGCGCAACCGCUGAAGUUCACAUCGUUAUUGCUAAUCUUGGAGAAAUGAAUACCCUGGAUCAAACUCUUAAGACUGCCUUCAGUAAGGUUGAUCCAUCCAAAGUUACUCAUGCCUUGCUUGUGAACAAUGCUGGGUCAAUUGGUGAUGUAUCAAAAGACACAAAGGAUGUAUCCCAGGAUGUCAGCUCCCUUCAAGAUUACUUUAACCUCAAUCUUACCUCUCCUAUGUUUCUCACGUCAAAGUUUCUUCAACAAUUCAAAGAAGCAAGUUGUACAGUAGUUAAUGUGUCAUCCCUCAUGGCUGUGCAAGCUUUUCCUUAUUUCUCAUUAUACUGCACUGGCAAAGCAGCUCGGGAUAUGAUGUGUCAAGUACUGGCUAAAGAAGAGCCUAAUGUGCGAGUCUUAAACUAUGCCCCUGGACCACUGCUUACAAACAUGUAUGAGACAAUACGCACCACUUGCGGUAAUCAUGAAGUUGUUGAAAUGUUUAACACCAGCAAAGAAGAAAAUAAAGUUUUAUCACCAGAUGAGUCCGCGAGGAAACUUUUAAUAAUUUUGAAAGAGAACACCUUCACGUCUGGCUCGCAUGUUGAUUACUUUGACUGAAAAAGAACGACUGCCAAAAUACGACAUCCUUUGGCGCCGUCUACACUACGCCGCAAAUGUUUGAAAAAGCAGCUUUCUUUCUACGGUUAGACCUACCGUCCACACUAAUC